CAUCAGCCGAUGCGUGUGUGGUGGUGUGAUAUAUUUGUCUAACUUCAAACUUCGAUUUCUCAGAAUUGUCAACACAGAUUGAGCACUAUUACUAACGAACCAAGAUGUCUGCUAAGGCAAUAUAUGAAGCAACAGGGAAGAGGUAUUUGAAUGAGUUCCUAGGUGAAGCAGGCAAUGUCAGCAGUAGGUGCGCUGUCGUUAACUCAGAUACAGACUUCGAGAACUUAGCCAGAGAACACCCCUGGCUCCUUACAGAGAAACUUGUAGUGAAGCCUGACCAGUUGAUUAAGAGGCGAGGCAAGCUUGGAUUAAUUAAAGUGAACACAGACUUUGCUGGUGUUAAAGAAUGGCUUUCUACUAGAAUCAAUCAAGACUUUAAAAUUGGAACAGCCAUUGGCAAAUUAAAGACAUUUAUAAUUGAACCAUUUGUACCACAUGAACAAAAUGAAGAGUUCUAUAUUUGUAUACUAUCUGGCAGAGAUGGAGACACAAUAUUGUUCCACCAUGAGGGUGGGGUAGACAUCGGAGAUGUAGAUUCCAAGGCUGUUAAACUAGACAUUCCAAUAGACACAUCUCCCAGUACAGAAGACAUCAAUACAAAACUACUACAAAAUGUACCAGAUGAUAAAAAACAAAUUCUAUGUGGUUUUGUGUCCUCUCUAUACAAAGUUUAUUUGGAUCUUUACUUCACCUACAUGGAAAUUAACCCACUAGUAUUGACUGGUGGAAAGAUCUAUGUGCUUGAUCUAGCUGCCAAAAUCGACCAAUGUGCUGAGUUUGUGUGUAAAUCCAAGUGGGGGGACAUUGAAUUCCCACCCCCCUUUGGCAGAGAUCUUUUACCAGAGGAGGCCUAUAUUGCUGACUUAGAUGCCAAGAGUGGUGCUUCUCUUAAGCUGACAAUAUUGAACAGAAAUGGUCGAAUCUGGACAAUGGUGGCUGGUGGUGGGGCUUCGGUCAUAUAUGCGGAUACCAUAUGUGACAUGGGCGGUGCAUCUGAGCUGGCUAACUAUGGAGAAUAUUCCGGAGCACCUACAGAAGGGCAGACCUUCGAAUAUGCUAAGACACUUCUUGGCCUCAUGACAUCCACAGAGAAACACAAGGACGGAAAAGUACUUAUCAUUGGAGGAGGUAUUGCAAACUUCACAAAUGUUGCAGCAACAUUUAAGGGCAUAGUUCGUGCAUUGAGAGACUUCCAGCAGAAAUUGAGUGAAUAUAAUGUGUCUAUAUAUGUAAGGAGGGGAGGACCUAACUACCAGGGUGGACUUAAAGUCAUGAGAGAAUUAGGUUUAGACCUUGGUGUUCCUCUACAUGUGUUUGGACCAGAGACACACAUGACAUCUAUUGUUGGAAUGGCCCUAGGGAAGAAUGAGAUACCCACACAUGCACCACUGGGACGCUCCACCACAGCUAAUUUCUUACUAGCCGGAUCAGAGAGUCAGCCAUCCCCAGCAAGCAGCCGCAAAGGUUCAGAAGUCGAUCUCACAAAACUAGAGAAACGAUCAUCAACCUCGAUCACACCAGAUGCAAAUGGCCUAGUAACAAGUGAACCAUCCAAGCCACUGUUCACCAACAACACAAGGGCCAUUGUAUGGGGAAUGCAGUCCAGAGCUGUGCAGGGCAUGAUUGAUUUUGAUUAUUCAUGCUCUAGGAAGACCCCAUCUGUUGUUGCUAUGAUAUAUCCUUUUGUAGGAGACCAUAAGCAGAAGUUUUAUUGGGGCCACAAAGAAAUAUUAAUACCAUUAUAUAAAAAGAUGGAGGAUGCUUUCAAGAAGCACCCAGAGGCAGAUGUGUUGGUUAACUUUGCAUCUUUAAGAUCUGGCUAUGACAGCACUAUGGAGGCCUUGCAGUUUGCUCAGAUUCGUACUAUAGCAAUCAUAGCAGAAGGAAUUCCUGAAAAUAUGACCAGGAAACUUAUAAAGACAGCCAAUGAGAAAGGAGUCAGUAUUAUAGGUCCAGCCACUGUUGGGGGUAUCAAGCCUGGAUGCUUCAAGAUUGGCAACACUGGGGGUAUGCUGGAUAAUAUCCUCAACUCUAAGCUGUACAGACCUGGCAGUGUGGCGUAUGUAUCCAGAUCAGGGGGAAUGUCCAAUGAAUUGAACAACAUUAUCUCUAUGAACACAAAUGGUGUGUUUGAGGGCGUAGCAAUUGGGGGUGAUAGAUACCCCGGAACUACUUACAUGGAUCACAUUUUGCGUUACCAGGCAGAGCCAGAAGUGAAGAUGAUUGUCGUCCUUGGAGAGGUUGGUGGAAAUGAAGAAUACAAGAUAGUAGAAGCAAUUAAGAGUGGUGUUCUAACCACACCUGUAAUAGCCUGGUGUAUUGGAACAUGUGCCAGGAUGUUCACAUCUGAGGUCCAGUUUGGUCAUGCAGGUGCCUCUGCUAAUGCUGACUCUGAGACAGCUCUUGCCAAGAAUAAAGCACUCAAGGCAGCAGGUGCACAUGUUCCAAGCACCUUUGAUGAACUUGGACGUAUGAUCAAGGAUGUGUAUACUCACUUAGUGGAAGAGCAUAUUAUUAUUGAGAAACCAGAGGUUGCUCCACCCACUGUUCCUAUGGAUUACUCCUGGGCUGCUGAGUUGGGACUGAUCCGCAAGCCUUCUUCCUUCAUGACCAGUAUGAGCGAUGAGAGGGGACAAGAGUUGCUCUAUGCUGGAGUACCUAUCAGUGAGAUCUUCAAGGAUGACAUGGGCAUCGGUGGUGUGCUCUCUCUGCUUUGGUUCCAGAAAAGGAUACCACCAUAUGCUUCCAAAUUUCUGGAGAUGGUUCUGAUGAUCACAGCAGACCAUGGGCCAGCAGUCUCAGGGGCUCACAACACCAUAGUGUGUGCAAGGGCAGGGAAAGAUCUCAUUUCUAGUCUCACAUCUGGUCUUCUCACCAUUGGUGACAGGUUUGGUGGGGCCUUGGAUGCUGCAGCCCAACAGUUCUCAGAGGCCUAUGAUCUUGGUAUGAUUCCUAUGGAGUUUGUCAACAGUAUGAGGAAGAAAGGUCAGCUCAUCAUGGGGAUUGGACAUAGGGUGAAAUCUAUUAACAACCCAGACAAGAGAGUGGUGAUAUUGAAGGACUUUGUCAAGCAAAACUUCCCCUCUACUCCACUAUUAGACUAUGCACUGGAGGUGGAGAAAAUAACUACAUCAAAGAAACCUAACCUCAUUCUGAAUGUAGAUGGCUUUAUAGGUGUCGCCAUGGUAGAUCUUCUACGUAACAGUGAAUGCUUUACAAGAGAGGAAGCUAAUGAAUGCCUGGAGAAUGGUGCUCUCAAUGGUCUCUUUGUGCUGGGAAGGAGUAUGGGAUUUAUUGGUCAUUUCCUUGACCAGAAGCGUCUAAAGCAAGGACUUUACCGUCAUCCCUGGGAUGAUAUUGCGUACAUUAUGCCUGAGACAACAGGGGAAAAUUCCGCUCCAGCUCAUAUGUAACAUUCACCAUGUACCAAGAGAAACUGGGACAAAGAUCUGGAAAUACUAUUGCAAUAUUUUGGAUAUUGUAUCAAGUGGAAGCUCGAUUAUUUCUGAAGUUAUAUUACAUUCCCAGUGAAUUGUGUAUUUAUUCAUAUAUCAUUGAUAACACUGAAUAGUGAUGACCAAUGAAUAUAGAGUUUAUAGUGACAUUUAUAUUCAUUCAUUUUGCAUUAACAGUGGCUAGUCUGUGGCAAAUGGCAAUUCAUUCAAUCAUUGGUCAUGUCACACUAUAGAUCGAGAACUUCUGUUCCAUGUGCUUCACUUCUGUAUUGUCAUACCAUACUCUGGUAUCAUCAAGCAUAGCACACUCUACAUGUAUGGUGGCUAUAGAGACAUAUUUCGAAAAAAACUAUGCAUACUACAAAUGAAGUAGCACCUGAACACCACUGAAACAAUCCAAAAGUGUUUGAAUUAGCAGGUGAAUAUUUUGGAAAUAUGUGAGUCGAUGGGAGAUAACUAACGAUAACGAGAGAUGUCUGGAUAUACAGGUUGUAGUGUAUACAAGGAAUUAAAAUCAAGUUCUUCAAUGUCUUUAGAGUGACCAUUGUGUCAAAUUGUCACUGAGGGAGAAUAUAAGCUAAAGUCAGACAGCACAAAUCUUACUAUGUCAUUCAUAAUGGCCAUAAAUGUCUCAGUAAAUUAUAUUAAAGUCAGUAUAUUAUAUCAUUACAUGUUUUGAAAAUGCACGUCAGGUAAUGUGAAAAUAUAUGAAAAAUUAUAAAAUACGAACAUCGAAACUGAUGAACAAAAUAAACGAUCAAAAGAGUUAAUAAGUAAAUAGUGUAAACGAGUUAUAUCUUAAUCGACAGGAUAAGAUAUCAAUGUGUUAGCUUAUCACCAAUCUUAUGACCAAAAUAGAAAUACAGU